CUUUGUUGUGACGUCACGGCCCUGUCCAGCAAACAUGGCGAACAUUCGGUGUGUGAAGGGGAUGGUCGGACUGGUGACCGGCGGUGCGUCCGGUCUGGGUCGGGCCACCGUAGAGCGCCUGGUGCAGAGCGGGGCGUCGGCUGUCAUCGUGGACCUUCCCUCCUCGGACGGCCAGACGCUGGCUGCCAGUCUGGGGGAUCGAUGUGCCUUCGCUCCUGCAGACGUGACUUCGGAGGCGGACGUCCAGUCGGCGGUGUCUCUGGCCAGAGAGAAGUUCGGCCGCUUGGAUCUGGCGGUGAACUGCGCCGGCAUCGCUGUGGCCGUUAAAACCUACAACUUCAGCAAGAAGAUUCCUCACAGCCUGGAGGACUUCCAGAGAGUCAUCAACGUGAACAUCGCAGGAUCCUUCAACGUGAUCCGACUCGCUGCCGGCGAGAUGGGAAAGAACGAGGCGGACGCAGACGGGCACCGAGGAUGCAUCAUCAACACGGCCAGCGUGGCGGCCUACGACGGACAGGUCGGACAAGCAGCUUACUCUGCCUCUAAAGGCGGCAUCGUUGGGAUGACGCUGCCCAUCGCACGAGACCUGGCGCCGAUGGGCAUCAGAGUGCUCACCAUCGCACCCGGGCUGUUCGCCACUCCGCUCCUCGCCAGCCUCCCGGAGAAGGUGCGCUCCUUCCUCGCCCGCCAGGUGCCCUUCCCUCCUCGCCUGGGCGACCCGGCCGAGUUCGCCCACCUGGUGACGUCGCUGGUGGAGAACCCGAUGAUCAACGGGGAGGUGAUCCGGCUGGACGGAGCCAUCCGCAUGCAGCCCUGAGACGCUCGGUUUGAGAAAAGAUCAUCAGCUGCCUCCAAUCAACAGAACACACGUGUGCGUGUGUGUGUGUGUGUGUGUGUGUGUACGUACGUUUGUCUUUACGUUGUAGAACAUCAUGAUGGUUAUUAUUACCUCACCUGUCGUCAGUCACAAACCUUUUUAACUGAGUGAAAGAUUGUAAAAAUGUUCUUUAUUCAGAACGCUGCAGUAAAUAAACAUCACUUUGGUUUAUUGUUCUGA